UAUAUAUAUAUAUGCAGGCAAUGCAAGUGUGGCCGGCAUUGCUUACAGCCACAGGCAAGAAACCGGACCAAGCUAGAAAGAAUAAUAUGGCGUCCAAGUCCAGCAUCACCCCCCUCCUCUUGGCCGCAGUCCUGGCCUCCGUCUUUGCCGCCGCCGCAGCCACAGGUCAAUAUUGCUACGCGGGGAUGGGUCUUCCGAGCAAUCCGCUUGAAGGCUGCCGGGAGUAUGUCGCACAACAGACCUGCGGCGUCAGCAUCGCCGGGUCGCCGGUAUCCACUGAGCCAGGUGACACCCCAAAGGAUCGGUGCUGCCAGGAGCUUGACGAGGCUCCGCAGCACUGCCGCUGCGAGGCGGUGCGCUACUUCAUAGGGCGGAGGUCUCACCCCGAUUGGAGCGUGCUCAAGGACCUUCCCGGAUGCCCCAAGGAGCCCCAGAGGGACUUCGCCAAGGUACUCGUUACGCCGGGGCAAUGCAACGUUCUGACCGUUCACAACGCCCCAUACUGCCUCGGUUUGGACAUAUAAAGAUAGAUCCGUCGCUCAUGAAUGAAUAAGCAUGCAUGCUCCGUCCAUGGAUGUGUGGCAUGCACAUAUAUAUAUGCAUAUGUGAGCUCCCGUUGCUCAACAUUUGCUUUACUAAUUAAUAAAGAGGAUCAUUUUAUGGUUCUUAAAUUUCAACUCAA